GAACCAUUCACGAUCGAGAAUUUCGUUAUAGAUACGAUUAAAGAUUUAAUUGAGCACAUAAAUGAAUAUCUUUUAUUGUCAGCUCUUCUUAUUUAAAUAUAAUCAGGCAAACAAUCAUUUUGCUCUAAUGAAAAUACUCUGCGGUGAAACAUGCCUAUACAGAAAUGGGCUGUCCUUUUUUAUGUUCACAGCAAACAGCAGUUACUAUUUCAAAACCACGCAUACUUGGUGUUAAUUAGGAGAAACGACGUCAUUUGCUUGCUAAAUAAACUAAGCUUUUUCAUUACAGUUCCGACCAGAAAGCAAACCUUUUCUGCAACGAUUUCAGAUUCGCUCCAACAGCCUGGUGCAUUAUUCAGAGUCCCACCUAAGCUUACCUGUAACUAUCUUGUAAAUCCAUCAAUACAGAAAAGAAAAAAAACUUCCAUCGAAUAUUAACUGAGGCUCACAGGAUAAAGCGUAAUCAUAACCAUAACUUCGAAAGCCGUAUAAAACUCUUAUACAGUGGCGAAUUGGUACGUAAAGUUUACAGUUCAUUUAUUUCCAUUACAAAUUUCAAAUUACAAUUUACACUACCCGCGUGUAGCGUUGGCUAAUCGUGGCGGGUAUUGAGAAAUAAUACAUUAAGUCACAAUCAAAAGAAAAAAUAAAAUUAAUUUAACGCUGAAUCACAUAAGCAAGUACAAUGAGUCGAACUAGUGAUAAGUAGGCCUAAUGGUGAAAGAAACUGUGAAAAGAGACAGUUAUAAUAAAUGGAGCCGUGAAACACAAUAAUUAUGGGCAUUCAAUAUCAAGAGUAGGAAAUGGACAUAAACAUAAUCAUCUUCAUAGGGGUUGAGGUUAAAGUUAUCUAAUUUUCCCUUUCUCGCCGACUGCGAGCAAAGAUCAGAGUGUUAAAAAACUUAUAAAUCGGACUGUAAGCCCAAGAGGAAUAAUUAUAGGUCUCCCAAGCUCUCUGGGAAACGUGAGCAUUUUUAGUAUAUUACCCUCCGUUGCGCAACACGGCGUAAAAUAAUAUGAGAGUUUGUAUGGGAAUGUAACGAUCGUUUAUAUCAAUUCGAAGUAAUUAUAUACUUUGUCAAAGAAAUUAAAUAAGAACGAUUUACUUCGACUCUUUUGUCGACUGCGUGCUACUAAUAUUUCCGUGACGUUUUGAGGCCGUUUCAAAACAAUUCCAUCGAGUUUUAGUGUACUGUUCUUCUGAAAACAGUGAAACUACCACUGCUAUUACGGAUUUAUUCCAACUCUUUUGAUGUCUCCGUUUUAACUGCAACACAACAUAAUUAGUUCUAAACUAAUUUGUUUCCACUGCCUAUACAUUUUGUUCAGUGGUCUGUACUCCUAGAAAGCAACUGGAGAGUUCGCACUGAGAAGUUGACCGCUGACUUAACAAGACUAUAUAUGCUUUUUGUUCUGCAAUGUAUGUCUCAUAAAUAAAGCUACAAUUUACGUACGUUUACGUCCAUGUUGAUGCAGAGGUCUUUUAUUGCAUGGUGGCAAAUUACAAUAUAAUUAGGAUCACGUUAACUGUAAAUAUCGGGGUCACUGAACAUCUAUCACUAGUCUACUGAGAGAUUAUAAUUAGAGCUAUAGUGGACCGCAGGCCGCUGUCGUAAUUAGCAAAUGAAAGUUUGCAUAACGCUGACAACACGCAACAGUUUGUGUUCUGAUUCUUCACAGUCGUCUAAAGAACCAGUUCCGAGCAGUUAAAUUGUGAAGGGAGGAAGUUACAAGCGACGCUUUCAAAUUUGAUUCUGGAAAAAACAUCAAUAUAUAGAUAUUUUAGUCAGCUCGUUAAUCUGGGAAAAUUCCCAGCACGGAGUGGUAUCAACUUACAAAGCAAGUAAAGGGAGAACACGGCAAAGCUGUCUCCAAGUUAAGAUAUCAGAGAAAGCUUCCAAUUUCCCGCUCAAACCCAACGUGGAAAUGAACUGGGUUGGUAGCAGUGUUUCCUCAGAUCUAGACGUGACGCACAACUUUCCUUGUAAGAAUGUCACAGCACGCGAUCUCAACACGACGGUGUCAGCUUCUCAGAUCAUCGCCGCAUCUUAUGCCUUGCUGUUCUACUUGGUCAUUCUUGUCUUGAGCAUCUUGGGCGUUUGUUUCAAAGCGUGUGUCAAAGUGUUUACAUCUCAAGCCACGCUUAUCCUUUUUCUGAUAGGAACAUUAAUGGGUUGCGUCAAUAUUUUCACCAAUUCAGGCGACCACGAGUUAAAGAUAUACUUCCGCCUUGCGACAGGGUUUCUGGUUGGAAUAGCUUUCAUUUUCGCUGGGGCCUGGCUAUUCUUCUCCAAACCGGAAGACGCGGGCAAUCAGUCUACAUUGGCUCAACAGCAGCCUUCAAUGGGACUUGUCGUUGGAGCAAUUACAAUUCCACUGAUUAUCGCCGAGAUAUUUCUUCUUGCCGCAGCUAAUGCUUCCAAGAAAGAAGAAACUUCAGAAAAGAUGCAGAAGUUGUGGCCUCUUGUUCUCGCAGACAAGUCAACUUUCCUUGUCCAGAAAAUCGUCCAAGCGUUCGUCUAUAUCGUUGUUCUGCGAUUUAAGACGAUCUGUCCACGGUACAGAGAAAAUGCCCAGUUUUACUUUAAAACACUGGCGUUUUUCAACUUCAUCGAGUGGGUGGACUCUCAAGUCAACGAGGACAGUGAUGUCGAGUUAAGUCACACUAGAGUGAUGUUCGGUCCUUGGUUCGAUGUCUUUGUGGCUUUCUACAAAGCGUUGAUCAUAGAUUACCGCCUCUUAUGCUCACUGUUAUUCCUGGAGCAUUCCUUGGAGGACGAAAGGGAAAGAGAAGGCGGCGAAAUCCAAGAACCUGUCGCCAGAAAUCUAACUAUACCGGAACAAAGACGCAGAACUCUGGGAUUUAUGCUUGGUUUCAUGAGCCUGUCUGCACCGAUUUGCUGCGCUCUGUAUUAUGUACCAAACCUUAACACGCCCGCAUGGGUCUAUGUGUUCGCCAUCAUCGUGAAUUUGGCAAUCGUUGUCUGCGGUGCGCUUUUUCUGGGAAGCAAUGAUUUAGAAUCAGACCAGAACAUGAAGAUGGGAUCAUCUGGGGUUAAAAUUAUGGUUUGUUGUUUGGGUGCAGUUGGAUUUGCCUGUUGGAUGAUUAAAGCGCCCAUCGCUGGCUAUUGGGCAGUUACUGCAAAUGAAAGAGAGGACAUUGAUGACCCACCAUACUUUGUCCUUCUCGUUGCAAGGUAUGCUGCCCGCUGCAUUUCAACUUUAUUUCUCAUGGGUCUGUUCCUGAAAGUCGACGCACGAUCUCUGCCCCAGAAAAAUCGUGGCGUGAGGAUAAAUCACUUUCUGGUUCCCGCUACUAUGUUGGCAAUACUCGGAGCGUUUUUAGAAAGUCUGAUUGAUCAAUACGUGGGGCCGCUAGACAGCAGACUCAGGUGUGAAAUCAAUGAUGAAAGUAUGAAGAUUCUCAUUAAGGCAGGUCCACCGAUGUUCCUCGGAUUCCUUAUUCAUAUGUUUUUGCAUUUUGUUAUAAUCGAGACCGAGAUCGUCAAGCAAUCCGGAGCUCGCGUUAGGGAUUCAACAGUCCAAAGUUAUGGUGCACUAGAUGACAGACCUCAUGCAUAAUGACCUCACCACCCGUUUACAUGAAUUUCAUUUCGAAAUCUCGUCACGUUCGUAUUGUUUUCAAAUGGGUGUUAUUUUGAUAGUGGGUAUCAUAGUAAUCUUGGUACUUUCGUAGUCCGUUCAUGGCAAAAGUUUUACAAUUGCAUCUCAAAAGCGUGGCCUUUGUGGAGGGGGGUGGGGAAUAGGCUAGUCUGAUGUAAGCAUGCAUGAGGCUUCUGUUUCGGUUACACAGGAACGCUGACCACUUGUUUGAAUCACGUAAAAGGUACUUCACUUUGAGGCCGAUUUACAUGACAUAAGCCAUCAUUAGUUGGCACCACCACUUGACCUGUUUUACUUUCACCGGUGUUAACUAAGUUUACUUGUUUUAUAUUACUGGUACGAGGCACUGAACUGUAAUGGCUACCUCUCUAUCCUCACCCCGUAUCAUGGGUGAGUUUGCUGUCGUAGACGGGUGUCACUCCCUUUAAUCCCGUUCUUGGGGUCUUGUUUGGUGGGGGUGGAGAGGGUUAUCAAGUAGAUACAAUGCAAUAAAGGUUUAUUCAGGAUGUAAAUGAAUAGACGUGACAAGAUGAAUGAGUAAAAACA